ACAUUACAUAGCUCCUCAUAUUUGGUGAUUUUUCAUCAUAUAACUGACACUUUAUUCGGGGAGAACAAUCGAUAAUCAAAGAGAAAUAAGAAUUCUUUUUUGGCACGGUCUGGGUUUUUGGCUUUCUGCCAAAAACGAAAGGGCACUUCACUGUUGGUAACUCUCAACUAGACUCAGUUACGAGCUUUCUUCGACUCGCACAAGAAAAGUAAAGCAAACAUGUGUAUCAGCAUCAUAAUAUCAGCUGUUUCCUAGCACCCUUCGGUGCGUACGAACUAAGUGAUGUCACAGUUUUCAUCCCAAAUUUCUUCAGUUCUCGCUGUAGCGCUGUCCACACCACUUGUACACACCAUACACAUUCGAUAGUUAAAGAAGAUGGUGUUAUCAAUUUAUAAGAAAAAUCGUUCACGUUCGACCUAAUAGCAUCAUUUUCGGGAAAUGGAUAAAUCGACAAAUGAGGCUGCAUUUAACUAGAAAAUGGACCAAACGCACAUCUGACAAGUGAUGUAUCGGAGAACCGUCCAGCGCUACGACAGACUGGCGCCACAUGCUGUGAUACGUUGUAAUACUUUUUAGCAGUAAACGCGCUUUUCAGCGAAAGAUGCCAUCCAGGCUGGAUAUUGUCCUCACAAACAGUGCGGAUGGUAUAUAUUAUCCCGGUCAGGAAUUAAUUGGGGAUGUGAUUGUAGAGUUUGAUAAAUGUUGUAAAGUUUCCAAACUGGCCCUUACCAUCUCUGGAAAAGGUAAGACAAAGUGGUACGAAAGAAGAGGCGCACGUCACCACUAUACAGUUACCUAUAGAGGAAAGGAACAACACUUGCACUCUCAGCUGGUCCUAUUUCAAUCGCACGAUAAAUCAGUUGAAAUCGCCCCAGGAGCCUACAAGCAUGGUUUCGCCUGUAGACUGCCCGAAACGCUACCAGCUUCGCUAGAAGCAAAGCGAGGUCACAUCCGUUACUGGCUGGUGGCCACUCUCGAACGUCCCUGGCGGACAGCCAGAGUAAAGUCGCUCAACUUUCAAGUGGUUCGACGGCUUGAUCUAAACCACGUGAUGCUGUCGCCGGUGAGGGAGGAGAUAAUCGAAAACAUUGGUUAUUGGCCGUGCAUGCCGACUGGUGCUCUGUAUGCCUCCGUGGAGCUUCCUACAUCCGGCUUCGUCCCUGGCCAGUUCAUCCCAGCGGUUAUCCAAAUCAACAACAAAAGUCGCAACAAAAUCACCAAAAUUGUCACGAUGUUGGUUCAGAAAAUUACUUACAAUGCGCAGAAACCAGAGGCGAAGCAGAAGGUGAAACGAAUGGUGGCAUGCAGGAAUGUUACCCCUGAAAUAACGCUUCCCGAGGGUGGUAUACUGGCGGCGGAAAAUCUACAGGUACCCUGGCUUCUGCCGACCUCUACGCACACUCACGUGGUACAAAUUGGCUACGAAUUGGUUGUUGAAUUCAGAAUCGAAUCUUGCCUUUCGAAUGCGACCCAACGCGUUCGUGUUCCAGUGGUAAUUGGCGUGAUUCCAGCGAGGGAUUCCAACCUGAUGGAGAGCAAUGCCAUUCGAGUUUGGUCCAAGGGAAAUGUUCAUUGAUCUGUUCAAGACUUUAAAUCUUUCUUCUAAACUAUGAAAACAAAUUAUCAAUAUACUCUUGGGCAGACUGUGAAAUUAUGUGUUCAAUUUUUCUUCUCAAUGAAACAAUCGACUUUCCAUGCCUUCUCCGCGCUUUGAGACUUGCGACGUUCUUUGAAUGUAUACAUUCUGUAAACACAGUAACAGAAU